GCAGGUUUGUUUUCCACUCCAACCAAAGGAAAUCCGCGGCUUGCUUGUGCAAAGAGAGAGGGAGGAAAGUUGUGUUCGCAUUCUCCCGGAUUUCCACCUGACUGCUCGGGAAGCGGGAUACUGUGGCACAAUGUUGAGUUUGGGGAGCGGAGGAGCGAAGUCUUCUAAACCGUCGUUUGUGUCUUAUGUUACACCCGAGGAAAUAAAAUUGGAGAAAUACUUGCCAAAGAAGGAGAAGCAUCCUGAUUUGCUUCCAGGUGAAGUGGUGUUCUGUAGCGCCAACCCUAUUCUCAAAUACACUCAAGAUGACCUCUCCCAGCGUGGCGUCUUUGGCACGUUGUUUUGCACCAAUUUUCGUGUUACGUUCUUAAGUGAUGAACUGACACAGGAAGAGACGUCCAAGACCUUUCAGAACAAACUCUAUGGAGAAAAUGACAUUCCAUUAACGUGUGUGGAUCACAUCUAUGGUGUUUAUGAUGAAAAAAGGAAACUGAUAACGGGAAGCUUUGUGAAGAACAAAUACCCAUCCAAAAUAAUAAUUCACUGUAAAGAUCUACGCGUCUUUCAGUUCUGCCUAACAUUCACCAAGGAGGAAGAUACCAAAAAGAUCUUUCAGGGUAUUGCUCACCAUUGUUUGGAGGAGAAAUCUCUAAAGUGCAUCUUUGCUUUUUCCUAUGCUGGGACACCAACCCAAGAAAUGCAAAGGAAACGGGAGACAAUUAUGUUUGAGUCACCAGAGGACUGGACACAGGAAAUGAAACGGACCAAAUCGAAAUGCAGAUUAGUGACAGAAAAUGAGAACUUUGAGCUCUCUCAAAGGUUACCGAAGUACUUUGUCAUCCCAUUAGCACUAGAGGAUGUAUUCAGCUAUCAAGGAAAGGGAUUGCCAAUCUGGUGUUGGUCUCAUCACAGCGGUUGUGCUCUCUUCAAAGGAUCUUUCCCACCUAUGACGCAGGAAGAAGGGGAUUUCCAAAAGCACUUGGACACAAUGAUAAAUGCAGUCGCACAUAAUUACCUCUACUCCGUAAAAACAGAGGACCUCUCAGAAUCCCUUCCUACGAUCCUAGACAUCCAGCAGUCAUAUAACAAGUUCAAACAAUUCUUUCUUAUCGAUAAUUCAACCGAUUUUUGGUUGUCAGAUGUGAAAUGGUUCUCUUCCCUUGAAAGCUCAGGAUGGCUAGACAUUAUUAGGCAAUGUCUCCACAAAGCAGUAGAGGUGGUUGAAUGUAUUGAUAAAGACAACACAAAUGUCCUUGUAACAGAGGAAGAGGGAACAGAUCUGUGCUGUGUGAUCUCCUCGCUGGCUCAGAUAAUGCUGGACCCUUAUUACAGAACACUGAUGGGUUUCCAAAGUCUGGUGCAGAAGGAGUGGGUGGCUGGUUGCCAUGCCUUCCUGGAUCGAUGUAAUCACCUCCAUCAGAAAGACAAGGAGUGUCAUUCUCCAGUCUUCCUCCUGUUCCUGGAGUGUGUGUGGCAGCUUGUUCACCAGCACAGCCCGGCUUUCCAGUUCUCAGAGACUUACCUGACUGUGUUGUCUGACAGUAUUCACGUGCCAGUCUUCAGCACCUUUUUGUUCAACUCUGCCUAUCACAGAGAAAGUGUUAUGAAGGCCGAGUCACCACUUGCACAAAGCGGCACAUUGAGCUGCCCUACAGUGUGGGACUGGUCUGUGCAGUUUGACAGCAAGGCCCAGAAUUUCUUCUUUAAUCCACUGUAUUCAGAGAAGGUGAAACAUGAGAAGACUGUACGCAAACCUCACAAACCCAAGCUAAUUUCAAGAUCAAAGACCACAAUAGGAGAGAGAGGGUCGUCAGGACUGCACCAAAGACAGUUAUCCUUACCCAGUACAGCCUUCAAAACCCCACCCAAGAAAGGUUUCUUUAAGGAGGAGACCGACAGCCUUAAAAAGAUGCUACGAGUGAAGCGUAUCAGUCGCUGGAUGGGCUCUCCUGACUCCCCUGUGGCCGCCACCCGUGAGUUCUACGAGUCCUGGCAACAGCGCCCUCUGGAUUAUCACGGCAUCCUGCUCCCCAGUCUAGAUGGACCGGCUGUCCGCGUCUGGAUGCAGCGCUACGUGCGCUGGAUACCUGAGGUGCACAUCCAGGGCGGAGGCUCCAUGGCCCUCAUGACCAAGCUUAUGGAACUUGUAAGUCAGGUGCAGGAUCUGAAGCGUGUGCUUGAGCAGAGAGACGCAUCACAAGCUGCUAAAUUCGAUCACCGCCCACACCUUCAGCACCGGCUGCUCUCGUUCGGCUCCUCGGGACGAUUGUCAUCUUCAUUCCCCUUUGCUUACAGCCGCAACCGAUCUUUCAAGCCCAUCAUUCCUACAGGCCUAAUGCAAAGCCUUAUGGUAACAGACAACCUAGCUAGUCAGGAGGAUGAGGCCAGUUAGGUUGUGAGUUUGAUUUAACAGGGAAUCUGUUUUUCACCCAUAUGUUAAAUAUUUGUCCAUAUAUUAUUAAAUUAUAAUUAUAAUACAAUCGGGAUUAUAUUGACCUCGUCAGAUCCAGAUUCAAAUCCAGAUGAUUGUGCUUAAAAGUGCCUUUGGUGCUAAAGCGUUUCCUUUUGGAAAGGAAAAUACGCCUUUGCCUAACCAAUUGUGCCCUAUUAUACUGAAAACAUAAUGUGAGCCUUCAAACAGGAUUAAAGCUCUUUUAUUUUAGUGUUUUUGAUGUUCUUAAAGGAACGACACCUAGCAUUUACCUCUUGCUCGUCACAAAACAGGAACAGGAUAUAGUCUUGAACUUCCAGCCUUUCCAGUGCACAGUGUUACAUAAAAUCUUUACCAAGUAACAUAUAGUAUUCCAUUCCAAUGAUCUAUGGAUGAACGAAUGAUCGCAAAUAUAAGAGUUAUAAAUACAUUUGACUUCUCUGACCCCUCACAUGUUAUAACUUCUGAUACAUCCAUGCACUCAGUGGUCCGUCUCUACAUGCCGCCGCAGGGGUUAAAAGUGGGCAGUAUUCACUCUAGCUAUCUAUGGGAGUGUGAUGUGUCUAAAAAGGUUAUAGGCAAUGACAAUAGCGUGAAGCCAUCUACACGUAUAUUAUUGUUUCUAUUGCAUUUAAAAUCUAUUGAAGAUUAGACUGCUAUAUGGACCAAUAUGAUUUCUUCUCUUUUUUUCAGAUACCAUGUCAACCUUUGGGGUUUAUAAAUGUUUAAUGUGGACAUGGGGGCUUUUGUUUUGUAAGAAAACAGGAAGUAGAGAACAAUAUAUGAUAUCAGCUGUCUCAGAGAUUCAGUGCUUUAUAGUACACUGAUAUACACUGUGUGACUCUUAUCCGUCCGAUGACCGAAUGACUCAUUUUAUUGAACCUUAGAUGCUGUAAUUGGUAGUAUGGGACAUUUUUAAAGGACACAAAGCUGAAUAAUUAAUUUGUAACUGUUUUUUUCUUAUGAUGGCAAAUCCAUGAUGCAAAUAGACAUUACCACAGGAUGUGAAAGAAAGUUUUAAUCAGCACUUACGCAGCAAGAUUCAAUUGACAAAUUUAAGAGUAAGUCCUCAUAGUAGACUGAAAGCUUGUGCAAAUAUAAUGAAUAUAAGCUAUUUUCAUACUGUAUCUGCAUUUGUGCACAUUCUUUUUAUUUUAUUUUCACUGGUGCCUGCAGAACUACUGCCACAAAUCAACAGGCACUAAAUUGUGUUGUUCGAUGUCUGUUGCCCUUCCCCUCCACCCCACAAUAAUUGUAAUGUAAUGAAACUGAUGUAAGCAUUAUUUGUUAGCAAAGAUUUGGAGAAAGCAGUUUUCUUACAACCCUUUCACCCUUAUUUUGCACUACUGCUCCUUUGCAAGUCAUUCACUGUUACUUGAACAGUCAGUCAGCUGUUAAUCUGAUUCUGUUCACUUCAGUUCAGCACUGCUCUCGUCUAGGACACGUGAUGGUGUGCUGGAUAAGAAACGGAUUACUGUAUAAUUGUUUUGUAGUUUUCUGUAACCAACUUUAGAGUUCUUAUUGUCAAGAGUUUGGCUGUGGAAUAUAUGAAAAAUGUCAGAUUGCUUUAUUUUGGACUAUUUACUUAAAAAUGAUAAUUUUCACGUAAAAGUAGCAUUAAAUACUUUUAUAUAUGCACAUGGGAGUAUGUAACUUGCUCUGUUUGUCCACAAAAUAUGAUUGAAAUAAAAGAUUAGAUCAAUGAUGAUCAGUUCUUGUACUUCUAGAAAAGUAUCUUUUAAUGCAAAUGCUUCUGACAAAUGUUUUUUUAUUAUUAUUAUUAUUUGAUUUCCAUCAGUUUCUGGAAAAGGUACAGCUUUUCCUCUCUGUCUUCUAUAAAACAUACUAAUAUCAACCUAACAGGCUGAGAAGAUAUUAUACUGCCUGCCAAUAGUGCCUGCUACACAGAAAAUAUGUCUCCUCUAAAAGGACUUUGUUAUUUAUGAAGUACAGAUUUUGUUUUUUUUGGUCUUUUGAGUUUUUGUUUGUACAAAAUGUGCAUUAAAAAGAACCAAAACACA